CUCUCUGUCAUGUCCUGGUGGGAGCAACCGUUCUCUUAUCUUCUCGGUCAGGCUGAGAAGUUUCUUAUUGACAGAUCUGCUCGCUUCCUUGAUGGGAAGAAAGCGGUGACAUUUGGGUGGAUACGGUUUCCAGCCAAUCGCACGGAGAUUUUCCUUGCCCUUUGGGAAAGGGGGCGGAGCUUCCGUUUGUCUUUCAUCUUCAAAGGAAGCCAAGCUUCUAAAAAGCGGGCCUCGCCGGAUUGACCAAUGGCCACUCUUUUUCUCGACUUGCGGGCGUUCGCUCGGGGAGUGGGGAGGUGGCAUUCGCUUGCCAAUCAGAGGAGGCCAGGGCUGGUCGACUGCGGGCGGCGACCAAUAGACGAGGCCCGCUGGAUCGCGCUCCCUUAGUAGGUGGAUGGUGGUCGAAGCACCGGCUCCCUUCUCGUCGUCGCCAUUUUGUGUUGCCGUUUGAGGCCGGUUGGGAGUAGGUGGCAGUGGGCUUCCCGGGGAGGGUAGCGCACCUGGCGCUCCUCCCCUCCCCUCCUUUCCUCCUCCCUUCUGUCUCUAGCCACGGACUUGGUGGUUACGCUGACUAUCUCCGGCUGAGCUGGGAGAGUUGGAGGCGGUGGCGGCAGGCCGAGGUGAUGUCUGGGAGCCCUCCCUUGACAGCCCGGACCGAGAAGGUGAGCAUCGAUGCUGGUUGUGGGGGCGGAGAUAAGGGGCUGGGAAACAGGUCCCUGCAGGAGGAAUCACCCAGGCUGGCAGAUCAUGGUGGUAACAGCGGGGGUGGCUGGGAAGUGAAACGGAGCCAGCGGCUAAGGAGGGGCCCCAGCAGCCCCCGCAGGCCCUAUCAGGAUAUGGAGUAUGAAAGACGAGGUGGUCGUGGAGACAGGACUGGCCGCUAUGGAGCCACCGACCGCUCACAGGACGAUGGUGGGGAAAACCGCAGCCGAGACCAUGACUACCGGGAUAUGGACUACCGUUCAUAUCCCCGCGAGUAUGGCAGUCAGGAGGGCAAGCAUGAUUAUGAUGACUCAUCCGAAGAGCAGAGUGCAGAGGAUUCCUACGAGGCCUCCCCGGGCUCCGAGACUCAGCGUAGGUGGCGGCGGCGGCACAGGCACAGCCCCACCGGCCCGCCAGGCUUCCCCCGAGACGGCGACUAUCGGGACCAGGAUUAUCGGACCGAGCAAGGGGAGGAGGAGGAGGAGGAGGAGGAGGAGGAGGAGGAGGAGGAGGAGGAGGAGGAGGAGGAGGAGGAGGAGGAGGAGGAGGAGGAGGAGGAGGAGGAGGAGGAGGAGGAGAAGGCCAGUAACAUCGUCAUGCUGAGGAUGCUGCCACAGGCAGCCACUGAGGAUGACAUCCGUGGCCAGCUGCAGUCUCAUGGGGUCCAAGCACGGGAGGUCCGGCUGAUGCGGAACAAAUCCUCAGGUCAGAGCCGGGGCUUCGCCUUCGUCGAGUUUAGUCACUUGCAGGACGCUACACGAUGGAUGGAAGCCAAUCAGCACUCCGUCAACAUCCUGGGCCAGAAGGUGUCCAUGCACUACAGUGACCCCAAGCCCAAGAUCAAUGAGGACUGGCUGUGUAAUAAGUGUGGAGUUCAGAACUUCAAACGACGCGAGAAGUGCUUCAAAUGUGGUGUGCCCAAGUCAGAGGCAGAGCAGAAGCUGCCCCUCGGCACAAGGCUGGAUCAGCAGACGCUGCCGUUGGGCGGACGGGAGCUAAGCCAGGGUCUGCUCCCCUUGCCGCAGCCCUUCCAGGCCCAGGGAGUCCUGGCCUCCCAAGCCCUGUCACAGGGCUCAGAGCCAAGCUCGGAGAAUGCCAACGACACUAUCAUUUUGCGCAACCUGAACCCGCAUAGCACCAUGGACUCCAUUCUGGGGGCCCUGGCACCCUACGCGGUGCUGUCCUCCUCCAAUGUACGUGUCAUCAAGGACAAGCAGACCCAGCUGAACCGUGGCUUUGCCUUCAUCCAGCUCUCCACCAUCGUGGAGGCAGCUCAGCUGCUGCAGAUCCUGCAGGCCCUACACCCACCACUCACCAUCGACGGCAAGACCAUCAACGUUGAGUUCGCCAAGGGCUCUAAGAGGGACAUGGCCUCCAAUGAAGGCAGUCGCAUCAACGCUGCCUCUGUGGCCAGCACUGCCAUUGCUGCAGCCCAGUGGGCCAUCUCACAGGCCUCCCAGGGUGGGGAGGGUGCCUGGGCCACCCCCGAGGAGCCGCCGGUCGACUACAGCUACUACCAACAGGAUGAGGGCUAUGGCGGCAGCCAGGGCACAGAGUCCUCCCUCUAUGCCCAUGGUUACCUCAAGGGCACCAAGGGCCCUGGCAUCACUGGAACCAAAGGGGACCCAGCCGGAGCAGGUCCUGAGGCCUCCCUAGAGCCUGGGGCAGACUCUGUGUCACUGCAAGCUUUCUCCCGUGCCCAGUCUGGUGCUGCCCCCAGCAUGUACCAACAGUCGGCAGCCGAAGUGAGCAGCAGCCAGGGCACUGCUGCCAACAGCCAGUCGUACACAAUUAUGUCACCCGCUGUGCUCAAAUCUGAGCUCCAGAGCCCCACCCAUCCCAGCUCUGCCCUACCACCGGCCACCAGUCCCACUACCCAGGAGUCCUACAGCCAGUACCCUGUCCCUGACGUCUCCACCUACCAGUAUGAUGAGACAUCUGGCUACUACUAUGACCCUCAGACUGGCCUAUACUAUGACCCCAACUCCCAGUAUUACUACAAUGCUCAGAGCCAGCAGUAUCUGUACUGGGAUGGGGAAAGGCGGACCUAUGUUCCUGCCCUGGAGCAGUCAGCCGAUGGGCAUAAGGAGACGGGGGCACCCUCGAAGGAGGGCAAAGAGAAGAAGGAGAAGCACAAGACCAAGACGGCCCAACAGAUUGCCAAGGACAUGGAACGGUGGGCCCGCAGCCUCAACAAGCAAAAGGAAAACUUCAAAAACAGCUUCCAGCCCAUUAGCUCCCUGCGAGAUGAUGAAAGGCGGGAGUCAGCCACUGCAGAUGCUGGCUAUGCCAUCCUUGAGAAGAAGGGAGCACUAGCCGAGAGGCAGCACACCAGCAUGGACCUCCCCAAACUGGCCAGCGACGACCGCCCAAGCCCACCACGGGGGCUGGUGGCAGCCUACAGCGGGGAGAGUGACAGUGAGGAGGAACAGGAGCGUGGGGGCACCGAGCGGGAGGAGAAGCUCACUGACUGGCAGAAGCUGGCCUGCCUGCUCUGCCGGCGUCAGUUCCCCAGCAAGGAGGCGCUCAUCCGACACCAGCAGCUCUCGGGGCUCCACAAGCAAAACCUUGAGAUUCACCGGCGAGCCCACCUGUCAGAAAAUGAGCUAGAAGCACUAGAGAAGAAUGACAUGGAGCAAAUGAAGUACCGGGACCGUGCAGCUGAACGCAGGGAGAAGUAUGGCAUCCCUGAGCCGCCGGAGCCCAAGAGAAGGAAGUAUGGUGGCAUGUCUACAGCCUCUGUGGACUUUGAGCAGCCCACUCGGGAUGGGCUAGGCAGCGACAACAUCGGCAGUCGCAUGCUCCAGGCCAUGGGCUGGAAAGAGGGCAGUGGCCUGGGCCGCAAGAAGCAGGGCAUUGUAACGCCCAUUGAGGCCCAGACACGGGUGCGGGGCUCUGGCCUGGGUGCCCGGGGCAGUUCCUAUGGGGUUACCUCAACAGAGUCCUAUAAGGAAACACUGCACAAGACAAUGGUGACCCGCUUCAAUGAGACCCAGUGAGCAACCAGGAGAACAACUUCUACAUAUGUUGGGUGUCCAUCUUGGGGCAGGGGAGGAUGAAAUGUUGGGUGGUCUGAGGGGGCCCUCCUCCUAUCUACCAGCCCACUCCCCACCCAGAGAAGCGUGACCAAACCCCGCUUUGAGCUGGUGACUUUUAUUGGAAAACUGGGCUGGGAUCAUGUUCUUUUUAUAAUAAAAGCUGAAAAGCCUGCA